AUGGCAAACAAUCAAGGCUGCAAAAUCACCCUUUAUUGGCUCGAGCAAUCUCGAAGCCAAAGCAUUCUUUGGCUGCUCGAAGAGCUCCAGCUAGAAUAUGAGCUGAAGACCUUCAAACGCCGAGCCGACAAACUUGCCCCAUCAGAACUUAAGAACGUUCACCCUUUGGGCAAAUCACCCUUGAUCACUAUUGAGGCUCCGGGAUCCUCAGAGCCAAUGGUUCUCGCCGAGUCCGGUGCAAUUAUCGAGUAUCUUUGUGAUCACUUCGGCACGAACAAGACACUGAUACCGGAGCGCUAUGUGGCUGGUCGUGAGGGCCAGGUUGGCGGGGAACGUGAGGAGUGGAUGCGCUUCCGCUAUUUCAUGCACUACGUAGAAGGCUCGCUGAUGCCCUUUAUGGUCAUGAAAGUGGUCAAUGACUCAUUGCGUAACUCUCCUCCCUUCUUUGUUCGACCUCUCACUGGCUUUGUGGCCUCCCAGAUAGAAGCAUCCUUCUUGAAUCGCAAUAUUCAAGGUAAUUUAGCUUUCCUCGAGGAGAGACUGAAGACUGCUCCUGAAGGCGGUCCCUUCAUCUGCGGAAAGGAACUCACAGCUGCCGACAUCUUGUUGAGUUUUCCUAUAAUCGCGAUCAGUCGACGAUUGUUGAAGGGAGAGGAGAAGGCGAAAUAUCCUCUCCUGGCAGCAUACGCUGAACGCUUGCAGACUGCUGACGGCUACAAGAAGGCCGUGGCGAAAGUUGAGCAAGUUGAGGGAACAUUCUCGGCCUCUAUGUAA